AUGGAAAGUGUUCUGUUUCAAACAGGCAUAGUCUCUGCUUCUUUGCAGGUUAUCCUUGACAGAUUCACAAGCUUUGCUCAUAAAGAGCUUUCUCUUCUCUUUGGUUUUGACAACAACGACCUCAACAAGCUUGAAAGGACACUCUUCAAGGUUCAGUCUCUUGUUGACAAUGUUAGAGCCAUUAAUCACUCAUCUUCUUGUUCUUCUCAUAAUAAGGCCCAACACCUUUGGCUCAGGGACACUCAGAAUGCCUUGCAUGAAGCUGAGGACUUUCUAGAUGAACUUGCCUUGGAAAUCUCAAAACUUGCUUCUGCUGAUGUCAACCUUGACUUCACCAACAAGGAUCAGGUCAGGAACUUGGUCUUUUCUAAGUUUAAGUUUAGUAUUCCCUCUCAGAUGGUUAAGAUGCAGAAUAAACUAGAAGAGUUAGCUAGGGAAAUGGAUGGUUCCUUUGUAGAUGAAUUGCACAAAUUGGGUAUGCCUUGUUCUACUGUAGGCAAUUUUCAAACUAGUUCGUUAUUGGAUGAGUCGGUUGUAAUUGGAAGAGAAAGUGAUAAGAGGGAAGUUAUAAAAUUGUUGUUGGAUGAGGAAAUGGGGGGAAGGUCGAAUCUUUCAGUGAUUGCGAUUGUGGGCAUGGGGAGUGUGGGAAAAACUACUCUUGCUCAACUUGUCUACAAUAAUGUUGAUGUGGAUAGCAAUUUUGAUUUGAAAAUUUGGGUAUCUGUUUCUGUUGAGUAUAACAUAGAAAGAGUCACAAGGUCAAUUGUUGAGUGUGCUUGUAGGGAAAAGGUGAAGUUGUCUGAUUUAGAACCAAUUCAAAUGAGACUUGAAGAAAUACUCAAUGGAAAGAAGUUCUUAAUUGUAUUAGAUGGCUUCUGGGAUGAGGAUGAACAUAAUUGGGAUGUGUUGUGCUUGCCAUUGAGAGUUGCUGCUCGAGGGAGUAGAGUACUGGUGACGACACGAAGCAUGCUUGUUUCAAGAAUUGUUGCCACUGCUUCUCCUUACCAGUACCAUUUGAAGACUUUGUCUGAUGAAGAUUGUUGGGAAUUGCUUAAACAAAGAGCAUUCUCAAACAUGAGGCAUGAUACUAACAAACAAUUAGAAUUGAGGGAAACUGGCUUCAAGAUUGCACAAAAAUGUGAUGGGCUACCACUGGCAGCUAGAGUUCUUGGAAGCGCCCUACGCUUUAGAUCCGAUGAAAUGGAGUGGGAUGCUGUCCUGAAAAGCAACACAUGGGACAUUCCAGAGAAUCGAAGUCAAGUAAUUCCAGCAUUGAAGCUAAGUUAUGAUCUUUUGGAUGCUUGCUUGAAAAGGUGUUUUGCCUAUUGCUCUAUUUUUCCUGCAAGUUUUGAAUUCAAGAAGGAUGAUUUGGUCCAAUUGUGGGUGUCAGAAGGCUUUGUUCAACCAAGAGGAACAAGAAGAGCUGAAGACAUUGGCAAACAGUAUUGUGAUAUAUUAUUUCAAAGGUCCUUCUUUCAAUGUUCACACCAAGAUCUUCAAACUCAGCCGGUGUAUAAAAUGCACAAGCUCAUUCAUGACCUUGCUCAGUUUGUUUCUGAUGAAGUUUGUCUUAGAAUGGAGGAUGGCAAGUCAUUGCCAUGGGGUGAUUUGAGAUGUGUCAGACAUUCAUCUCUGGUAUGUAAAGACAUUAAGGUAGAAACUCUGAAGGCUUUCCUUAAGUGUGGUCGUCUGAGAACUUUCAUUCUGUUGUCUCAAGGUGUGUGCCAAAUGGAUCAAAUCCCUUAUGAGUUUUUUCUGAAUCUCAGAUACAUAAGGGUGCUGAAUUUGAGCUUUUCCAAUAUCAGUGAGCUGCCUAACUCAAUUGGAACUUUGAAACACCUCCGUCACCUUGAUGUCUCGGAAACUCAUGUUGAGAAGCUACCUGAAUCAGUAACAGAUUUAAAUGGGAUAGAGAUACUUAAGCUCAAUAACUGCUUCAAACUACUUCAGUUGCCCAAAAUGAUUAAAAAUCUUACCAACCUCAGGCACCUUGAAUUGGACAUAAAACGCCAAAUUAGUUCUAUGCCAAUGGAAAUUGGAAAAUUAACAAACCUUCAAACCUUAUCAGCGUUUAUUGUAGGCAAAGAGAAAGGACAAUGCAUAGAAGAGCUUAAAGACAUGAGAUUCCUUCAUGGGUCCAUAUGUAUAGUCAAUCUUGAAAAUGUGACUAAUAUGAGAGAAGCCGUCGCAGCUAAGUUAGAACAAAAGCCAUGCUUGGAAGGCUUGGAGUUGCAAUGGAAUGAGUUUAAAGAUGGCCUAGAAGAGCAACAAAUCUUAGCUGGUCUUCAACCUCAUAACAGGAUCAAAUGGUUAACUAUAACAGGUUAUGGUGGUCUUAUGUUUCCAGGUUGGUUGGGAAAUCCAACAUUUUGCAAGAUUGAGAGAAUUCUUUUGCAAAAUUGUCGUUAUUGUAAAGUCUUCCCUUCUCUUGGCCAGCUUCCAAUGCUUAAACAUCUUUAUUAGGAAGAGAUGCAUGAUUUGACACGUGUGGAUGACGAGUCCCAAGGUCCAAAUAGUUUUCCAUCUUUGCAGUCUCUUACAUUUCAUAAUCUGCAGAACUUGCAACAAUGGGAGGAUUUGAAAGCAGGGGAUAUGCCUAACCUCACUCAUCUUACAGUAGUAGAUUGUCCAAGCUUGAAUUUUCUUCCUUCGCUUCAUUAUCUUACAAGACUUGAGAGCUUAGAGAUUUCUCAGUGUCCCAAGCUUCAAUGCUUACCAGCAGAAGGUUUACCGGAUUCACUGGAAUGUCUAAUCAUCAUAGAUUGUUGUGUUCUGAAGGAAAGAUGCAGAGUUCAUGAAGGUGAAGAUUGGAACAAGAUACAGUCCAUCCCCAAAGUUGAGAUUGAUUAUGAGGAUAUAUUUUGGUGACAACAACAUUGAAGAAAAAGGUUUGAAUCAUAGUGUCAAUAAUCAGGAACAAAUAUUAUUGUUCUUCAAUAGUACUUUAGGAUAUCCAAUAUGCAGUGGAACUAAUUUAAACUAAGAUCAUUCA